UGCGUAAUGUUUGGAGAAUAAUCAUCCCCAGUCUAAACAUUCGCCAAUUGCCUGAAACGGCGUGAUGUGUCGGGGGACUGAAGUGGGGUCCCAGCGGCGUCAUGCAGAGCCAAUCAUUGUCUCUCUCACACUUUCUAACUAGCCAUUUCACAACAGUGAUGCGAGGAAACGAGAGAUAUCAGCAGUCCAUGUGGAGCAGCAGCGGUGUCCCGAUGGCUCUUCCUCUCAACGUCAACGAGAACCAACUAAACUGAGCGCAGGAAUACAAGGGCAAAGAUGAGAACAACUGUUGGAGUUAAAUUCUAUUCAUAUUUUAUGAGACAUGUUCGUUAUAUUGGGUGACUGUUUGGUCAACGGAAUGAGGCAGACGAAUAGCCUCCAAGUGUCGGAGAAUCAGUGAAUUGACCAGGUUCUCAAUCUCAACUAUCAGCGAAUUAUUGUGUGAAAAAAAUCACUUGAAUUUCACACUCGUUAUCUGAUACAUCAUCGAAGGAAACCAUGCAUGGAAGGCGGCAUUUCCCACCAAUUUAAACAAUGUUAUAUGCGCUACAUUUGGAUUAGCGUGCAGUAUAAGACCUAGCUAACGGUAUUUCGGGUGGAAUUUCGGAGUCGGGCUUCUUGCGCUAGCAUUUGCGCUUUCCUCGCGUUCGGCAGCUAAACUUGGAGAGCUCCAUGCAGUCGCGAAGGGAGAGGAGAGAAGUGCGACCCCGUGCUGGAUGGAUGGUUAUGGGGAAAGGAGCAGGAGGACCUUCGGCGCUUAAAGUCGGCAAGAUCCUUGUUGUGUUUCUUUGCCUGUUUCCUUCUGUGAGUCUGCAGUGUAAGAUCCUCAAGUGUAACUCAGAGUUUUGGGCCUCCACCUCAAGCUCUGGCCCGGAGGAGGAGUUCUGUACAGCGCUGCGGGCGUACAACAACUGUGUACGCCGCACCGCACGCACUUGCAGAGGCGACUUGGCCUACCACUCAGCCCAACAUGGCAUAGAGGACCUCAUGAGCCAGAACAACUGCUCCAAAGAGGGGCCUACAACUCAGCCUCGAGCCCGGACCCCCGCUCCACCCCCACCACCACAGCUCCAGCCUGACAGCCAGGAGCGCUCCGAUGGGCCAGAGCAGUGUCAUUACGAACGCAGCCUUCCUCGCCAAUCCUCACUACCCAACUACACCCACUGUGGCUUCUUUGGAGACCCGCACCUCCGUACCUUCAGCGAUGACUUCCAGACCUGCAAGGUUGAGGGAGCCUGGCCCCUUAUCCAUAACAAAUACCUGUCUGUUCAGGUGACCAACACACCUGUGGUGCCUGGUUCCUCUGCUACGGCCACCAGCAAGUUGACAAUCAUCUUCAAGAACUUCCAGGAGUGUGUGGACCAGAAGAUGUAUCACGCAGAGACAGACGAGCUGCCUGCGGCAUUCGCCGACGGCUCCAAGAACGGUGGAGACCGCCACGGGGCCAACACGCUGCGCAUCGUGGAGAAGGUGCCUGGGCAGCAGGUAGAGAUCCACGCACGCUACAUCGGUACAACCAUCGUGGUCCGGCAGGUGGGCCGAUACCUGACCUUUGCUGUGCGGAUGCCAGAGGAAGUAGUGAACUCUGUAGAAGACCGAGACAACCAGGACCUGUACCUCUGCCUGCACGGCUGCCCUGCCAACCAGCGCAUCGACUUCAGGACAUUCAGGGCCCGUGCAGUGGAGGACCACGGCCCAAGCAAGAGCAGGACGGGCAGCCCUCCCCAUGGGUUUACCUACCAGGCUGCCAUGGCUAAGUGUAAAGAGCGCCUCCCGGUGGAGGACCUCUACUUCCAGUCCUGUGUGUUCGACCUGCUUUCCUCUGGGGACAUCAACUUCACCAUGGCUGCCUACUAUGCCUUUGAGGAUGUGAAAAUGCUCCACUCCAACAAGGACAAAUACCACAUUUAUGAAAAGGAUGCAUUUGGGAGUAAUGCGGCACCAAGGGAAUCAGAUGUGUUCUCGCUAGUGCUCCUCAACUUUCUGGCUGUGUUGUUGUUCAUUUAUAGUCCCCUGCCAACAUCAUCCUCAUUAUCCUAGCUGUCAGUGGGUGUGAAACAGUGCUCUCACCAUGUCAUACUUCACUUCCACUGCUCUGUCCUCAGUGGCUGGUGGCCAGUGGAGUCAGCGAGGCCUUCCAUGCCUCUGAGGGGACAGAGCAGCCCAUGUGUUUUCAAACUCAUCCCAGCCAUGGUCUCAUCAUUGUUUUGUUGUUGUCAUCAUGUGUUGACUUCCAUCUGGUGGAGAGGUGAGUGCUCUGUGCUCCCACCUAUCAUUGCAUUCAUUCAGCUGGUUUAAGGACGGGUCCUUUGAUGAAGGGAGCGGUGGUGAGUGAGGAGAGCCCAGGAGCCCCAGUACUUUGGAUAUCCAGCUGGGAUUAAAUCCCACAUUCCCACUGGGACUGCAUGCACCUAUGGGAAGCAAGACGAGAUUAUCUCUUGCAGAAAGAAGAGUUUGCUGAUCUUCUCACUGGUGCCAAGCCAGUGGAGCUCUCUGUGGCUCAUGGGUCUGGGCUAGAGGACAUGACAGGGGCUUUUGUUAACCUCUGGCCAGAAGCAGCUCCCUGUUUGUGAUGAGCUUCCAGCUUUGGAAAAGCCGUAGCUUUUUGGAGGAAGCGCUCGGCCAAAAGGAUGUCAGAGCAGCGAGUCUAGUUGUCUGCUGUGGAGAUUAACAGGUCAUAAUGCCAGGUCUUUUGUAAGAUUGUGUUGUUUGUUGGUCCGUGUGUGUCCGUCUGUGUGUGUGCGCACCUCUGUGGUUAAUUGUGUGCUCCAGAAAUGGCUGUGUUGAUUGAGUGCAUGUGUGUGUGUGUGUGCUGUUGUCCUCAAAAGUGCAAGAAAUCUUUAUUUGGAAGAAAUGUUUCCUAAUGUUGUUAUAUUGCAACCCAGGUUCCAAUAUAGAACCGUCAUGGUGGCCUAGGGUCAGUUGAAACGGCCUCUGCCUGCCAAGGGGUUACUUCUAAGUGAACUGGCAGACAGUAAAAAAAAAAAAAAAAACUUUUACCUGUCAAUCAGUGUCAAAAAGACUCAGUCCAAGUAUUGGUGUUUAAAGUGUUAAUUAUGAUAAAUUUCUUUUUUGUAUCGGGUCUAAUUAGGAAUGUAGAUGUUCAUAAGAAAAAGAAACCUGAACAAACUUUACCAAGGGCACACAUAAUGCAGAAACGCAGAUCACGUUUACAGAGUAUAUCUCAUCUCUUCAUUCAACCGAUCAACCAACUUUCAUGUACAGUGUACCAUGGCCAAGAAAUAGAUUUCUACAGGUCAUUUGUAAAUGAUUUGUCUCUUGUCUAGGCAGUCAACAGUUCCCCGCAGAUGUAGGUAUCUUGGCCAUGUAAUGGCUUUGAGAAAGGUAUAGUCACACUAGCUAGGUUAAAAUAAAAUAUUUUCCCACCAGUGGUGUGUUUCCACCAAACGGAUUUGUUGCGGAUAAAAAUCAGUGUGUG